CAAAAAAUCACGUUUGAAUUAUUUUAAACACCAAAAACUGUACAAAUGUUGAAUUAAUUUAAACGGUUCGUUUAAGUUAUUUAAAUGCUUAGUGAAAAAAUAUUAGAAAAAAUUAAUUUUUGAAAUAGUUGAAGAAUAUGCUGCAAGAAAUUAACCCUCAUUACUAACUGUCAUAGAAGAGUUCAAACACUAAACACCGUUAUCAACUGCGCGCGAACACGUUUUAUGCUACAGCGUCAGUAGCUGUGCGCUCCUAUUCACCCAACAAGAUGAACGCUCGCUCGCAGGUUUUCGACCUCACCAUCGAGGGUCGUCAAGUGGACGAAGCCGUUGCCAGCAUCUUUCAUACGGUGCUUUUCCAUCGCUGCCAAGGCAAAUACAUGUAUACGGGCGAUGCUCAAUAUUCCAUCGGCACUAUUGGCUACACCGACGUGGAUUGUGAUUUCAUUGAUUUCACAUACGUUUGUUGCACUUCCGAGGGGCUGCUGCGAACCGUUAAACGAGCCAUCAACGUUUUCAGCGAGAAGUUACGCUCCAAUGAAAGUUGCGGUUCCGGCCAAAUAAGCCUGGAAUUCUUUCAAAAACGCAAAUCGCGUUGGCUAUUCCAGCAAGAGUGCAUACCGUGGGAGGUGUGGACAGUUCAUUUAGAUCUCAUAAAGUAUGAAAACGCAGAUGAUCGCCAAAUCAGCAGAGAAAACGUCUCUGAUCUUCUAACCGAGAAAGUUAUAUACAUCACUGAGCUUAUGAAUCGUUCGGACUAUGUACCGAAGACGCCAAGUCAAAGUGAAUUAGACCUCAUUUUUGACACUUCAUAUCCCGAUGUACAGCCGUAUCUCUUUAAGUUUGAUUACACGACUGCUGGCUCACAAACGCCCUCGGUGACCAAUACCGUUAAGAAGAUAAUUAAGGAGACGUUCACGUUGUGACGUGUAAUGCUUGCGA